ACCGGAUCAAGAUAAAAAGAUGUCGAAUUCACAUUUGUUUAUGAAAUCGGGCUUCCCCCGUGCAGCGUUAAAUAAUGGUAUUGGAAGAUAUGUGUGUCAGCUGCAGCGAAUAACCAUAAAAUUUUGUAAACACCAUGGAGAUUCCCGUGGUGUCAGAGAAUUCUUGGAGUACGAUCUCGUGAAUUUUGCGAAGGAGAACCCAGGCGUCGUUGUCUACGUAAAGCCUCGCAGGCAUAAGACGCCUGUCCUAUGCGCUGAGUAUCUAAAUGGAGAGAAGCAUUCUAUAUAUUGCAAAAAAUACACGGUAGAAGAGGUCAACAAAUGGAUAGGAUUGCUGCGCUCACAGUCAGGUGAUACUUCAGAUUUCAGGCUUCGAAAGAUGUGGCAUACCGACCAUCCAUCCAUUCAAGGGCCCUGGACACCAUUUACAUUUAGAGAUCCUGCUCUUAAUCUGGUUCAAUUCCCUGAUGCGGAGUUGAGCAAGGAGAAGUAUGAACCAACUGCAACUGACAGGCUUCUGGAAAUCUUCAAGAAUCAACAAGCAGAUGCAUCUGUGAAAACAAAUUCCACAGAAUAAUUACUUUUUAUUGAAAAAGUACAGAAUGUAUAUAUUCCCAUAAAUAGAUAACAAGAUGAAGUUGUAGAUCCUAGAGUCAAAAUAAAUUCGACAUCGUUUUAACAGGU